AUGGAUUGUGAUUUGGGAAUAGCAGACCGUCGACGUGUGAAUACGAUGGACACCUUCAGGCUGCUGAUCUUCAGACGCCUCGCCUUGAGAAGAUGGGUUGCGUACAGGCAUAUUUCUGCGUGGAAUGAGCUCCUGGGAAGACGUCGUGGUGGGAGGACUUCACCGUCACCCGCGAAGAAAACGAAGCGCAAGAUGUUGUGCUACCGCAGUUGCGUCCAACUGAAAGCCUCUGCGUCUUCAUCUUCUUGGUUUCCGAAAAAUCUGUGGUACUGGAAUGGUGCCUUUUGUCUGUUAAAGCAGGAACAUACCAGCAUGUCCGAAGAGCUGCCGUACAGGACAUUUUCUCUCGUCGAUGAAGUUGUCUGUCCUGACCCGAUUAUUGGUGUGCAAAAUGGCACCAGUAACGUUGCUGUGCUGGACAAUGGAUGCUGGAAGGCUCGGUUGGACUGGGCAACGGAAUCGAACCCGCGGCUCAUAUAUCGCAAUCUACUUGCGCGUCUCCGUCCUGAUUUGAUCGGGAAUGACGUAAAGAGCAUUGAUGCCUUGUCCAUCAGGUCUUCGCUGAGGUCUCCGUUCGAACGCAAUGUUCUAACACAGUUUGAAAUAUUUGAAAAUGUUCUGGAUUAUGGUCGUCGGCAUCUGAACUCUGACUUGCGUGAUGUUCCGUGUGUAGUCACGGAAGCUCCUUUGAAUCCGGACUAUUGUCGUAUUCAAGUGGCCGAAAUCUUUUUCGAGAAAUUCGAUGUUGCCUCCCUGCUAACUGGAAUUGACGGUCUAUUCUCCGUUCAUCAUCAUGAUCCUACUCGUGGAACGUACAUGAACGUCGUCCUGGGUCACACAACCUGCCACAUAUUACCAGUUGUGUGUGGCCAGCUUCGCUUAGAAGGUGUUCAAAGGUUGAAUCUCGGUGGAUACGAUGCAACCUUGUAUCUCCAAAAGCUGCUACAGCUGAAGAAUCCGUGGCGGGCUUCCACUGUAACAUUUACUCGCUGUGAAGAAAUUAUUCGGAACUUGUGCAAAUUUUCUGAGGAAGGCUAUAUGGAGAGUCUGUCCCAGUGGCAUGAUGAGGAUGGUGUGGAGAUCUUUUUACCGGCAGCAGCCGCAGUUCCGACUGAAGUAGACCUCGAAGCAAAGAAAGCGCAAGAGUUAGCCCGGAAGGAAAAUCAGGUCAAGCGAUUGAAAGAAAUGCAUCGUACACGGCUGGAGCGGAAGCUGGAAAGUCUCCAGGUGGAGUUCGAAGAAUUGAAUGCUGAAGCAGAUGGCGAAGAUGAAGACAUAGACGCGAGUCUGGAAAAACAACGCUUGGCUCUGAAUUCCCAGAUAACGAAAACGCGGGAAAAGCUCGCGUCGCUGAACGAAUUCGGGGCGAAAAGCAACGAGAAAAGCGAAGAGUGGCUUGAAGAAAUGCGAAGCCGAAGGCAGCACUUGCUUGAUAAAAAGGAAAAAAUACGCGCCCGGAAUGCUGAGAUGGGAAAUCGACACUCCCGAGCUGCUCGAGACCGUCUGCGAAUGUUAUCGCAACUUGCGUCCGAAGACAAAACCGCGGCUGGGCGUAAAAAAGAAAAGAGGGAUACCUUCGGAGCCCGUGACGAGGAUUGGGAGGUAUACAUGGUCGUCGGACGCGAAAACUGGGAUUCCGAGCAUGACGUGGACACAGAACUCCGGGAAAUUGAAAGAUUACUCGCUCAAUAUGACGAGGAACACAAGGCGUUAUUAUCCUGUGGCACUACGUCCUUCCGGAACACGCUCCACUUGGCCACUGAAUGCAUUCGUGUGCCGGAGCUUUUGUUCCAACCAGCUGCACUCGUGGGAUCAAAACAGGCCGGAUUGAGUUUCGGCCUGGAAACAUCCUUCAAGGCGUUCGAUGCGGAAACUGCGCAAGAAUUGGCUGAUAAUAUUAUUGUGUGCGGAGGAUUUGCGUGCAUUCCUGGGUUAAAAGUCCGCUUGGAGAACGAAAUCCGUGCCAUGAGGCCUUUCGAAUCGACGUUUAAUGUUGAAAUAACCAGAGAUCCUGUUCUGGGUUCGUGGAAAGGAGCAGCCGAAUUCGCGAGAGACCCAACCAACUCUGAAUAUUUUGUUACAAGAUCCGAUUACUUUGAAAAAGGAAGUCGUUACUUCCUUGAGCACAAGUGUUCGAACCGAUCUAACGCGGCGAACACUAAUGCGACUGUUCACUCGCGAAUCGUGUGUGGACAAAUCAAACUGAUUAUACCGGAGGUUUUGCGAUCGGGAAUGUCCACAAAGGAUGGCCCGCUCCAGCGAUACGGCGACUGGUCCAUGCAGAUCAGCUCUACCGGGAAGAAGUAUUACUACAAUUACAGAACUUCGACUUCCCAAUGGGAGAAGCCCGCUGAGUGGGCAGAGUACGAGCUCAAGGACAGGAACCGGCAUCAAGACCGCAGAGAUUUGCCCAACCACCGGUCUCAACAUGGAAACCAGCACCGACCGUAUCACCGUAGCGUACAUUCGAACAACUCCGGGCAUGGCAACAAUAUCCCAGCUCAUCCGAGUCAUCAUCCGUCUAGCAAUCGAUACCCCGAACGUUCCAGUCAUGACCUGCAUGGAAGACGUGAUAGUGGGUCGUCGUCAUCCCGAUCGCAUUCGUCUGCGGCGGUACGGCAGGAAAGGCGCCCGUCGUAUCACAGCACUUCCCACUCGCGGUUCCAGUCACAUUACUCGUCAACGUCUCAACAUGAAUCAAAGCCUUCUUCUGGAGCAGAUUGGUCACAAGGCCAUCACUAUGAGCAGCCGAUUAGUCGCAGCGCACCGAACGAAGCUGUGGAUGCGCUCAUGGCGCAACUAAAGUCGGGCGUGAAGGUGGAGAACGUGGAUCAGCGGAUUUUGACUCCGGCGCUGGCCACGUUGCGGUCCCUUCUUCAUCAACGUCAGCAGCAGACGGGCCAAAACAACUUCCCUGGCAGCCAGGCCCAGUUACUGGACGCCUUGUCCACGCCGGGCUCGGCUGUGUCGGCCGCUCUCACGUCCAUGCUGGGCGUGCCGCCGCCGCCGGUUUCUGUGAAGCGCAAGUGGUCGGAGGGGUCGCCUCCAGCGACCGACUACGGGAAGACUCUCCGGCGGGAGGAUUCGCGACUGUCGAAUGGACCCGUUUCAAGUGGGAUAACCACGUGCCAGUCGCUUCCUGGUGUAACCCUUGGGCUGUUCGACGAUGAAUCUGGGCUGGGUGACGUGAGCCCUCCGACGCCUACAGAGUCAGAGCCGAGUCAGAUCUUUUCGCAAGAUAAAGAUCAUGAAGUGGUGUCUCGGUUGGGCACUAACGGCGGGAUCUCGGCACUGAAGGAGGGCGCUGAUGGUGGGCGGGUGGCCGGUGGGGUGGCAAAUGCGUUGCCAGUGGCACCGCAGCCGCACGCACCGCAACAGCCGCCGCCGUCCGUCGACCUGUCGCUGUUCGCUAAGUACGUCAACCAGGAUCUCAUUGGCCACGUCGCCAAUCCGUUGGCCGACGCGCUGGAAAAACAGUUGAAUGCGAUAAGGGCUGAAAUGUAUCACUUUGGUAACGUUCAAAUGGUCAAAUGUGCUUCGAACUUGAAACGGGACCGCUCACUGGUCCGCGUUGCUGAGAUACAAUCUACUAGGAUGUGUCAGAGGAUAAUGUCAUUGCAAGAUAGGCAAAAGGCGGCGGAAAGCAAGGAUCUACGCCAGCAGACUCUGAAGGACCCGGAUCAUUCUUGAACAACGGUGUUCUUCCUCGGCUGGAGCCAGGAGUUUAAAAAAAGAAGAAAAAAGAUAGAAGAAUGAAGGAAGGUAAAAGGGAAGAAAGAUUCCAAGCAUUGCGGACCUGCUGCAGCAUUCGAUUUUCUGUUCUGGAUUGACCACAAAGGCGUUAUUUUUACAAUCCCCGAAUGUAUCAAAUUCAGCGGCUUUCCCCCCGCGCCUCUUCUCCCACUCCAGAAGAAGAAAAGAAAACCCCCGUUUUUAGUUGCGACGUUUGUGAUCACCGCGGACUAUUGGUUUCGUGAGCGUCGAGGAACUUCCCCAGCGGCUCUCAGCAGUUGUUGAAUUGUAAAGCGGAGCGGGCGCCGAGAUCGGCUCGCAGUGAGGCGGUUUUCCUCUCUUUGUCUAUUUUUGUUUCCGCGUCUGUGCUGAUGGAUCUUCGUAAUAGUUGGCGGAACAUAUUGUGGCGAGAGGGAAUAAUAUGGUUAAACUUUUUUGGAGCUCUUUUUUUGUGACGUAAUUAAACAAUGUACGAGCUGAUGUCUUCA